UUUUGCUCCGUUGCUAUGGCUUGCCACUGAGGCAUCGAUCUCUUUCCAUUUUCCCACUCUGCAUUUCAACUGGCCCUGCCCUUGUCGAAGUACGACACGAGGUGCGAGGAAAUCCGUCGCCCAACAUGGACCGCACUUCGGCCUUCGUGGCCACUCUUCUGGAGAAGAUGCGAUCCGCCGAUCCGGACUACCGGUACAUGGCUCUCAAUGACUUGAUCACGCGAGCCAAGUCCGAUGACUUCAUCGUGAAGGAUGUGGGCACCGAGUCGCGGACAGUCAAUCAGGUUCUUGAGAUGAUGAAGGACACGAACGGAGAGGUUAAGAACAUGACUGUCAAGACAUUGGGCAUCCUGGUGCGAAGAGUCCGCGAAGGAGAGCUGCAGAACAUCACAAACAAGCUAGUCGAAUACAUUUCAGGAAAGGAAGAGGAACUGCGAGACAUUGCUUCUCUAGGACUGAAGACGGUGGUAGUUGAGCUUCCGCCUACUUCGAAAUUGGCUGCUUCCAUCUCCAUGAAGCUUGCUCCUAAGCUGAUUCAAGUCAUUGAAAGUCCGACAGCGUCACAGGAAUUGCUUAUCGAUUGCCUAGAGAUUGUCACUGAGAUCUUCAGCCGAUUCGCCCCAUCAGUCACCGCAGCAAAGAAGGACUUCCAGCAGCCAAGCAUGAAAGCAUUCUUCACCGCGCUCGAGCACAACAACGCUGGCGUGCGAAAACGUGCUAUGACGGCUAUGUCAAUUCUCGGCGCAUGCGCAUCGACAGAGACAUUCACUGAAAUCUGCAAAAGGACUCACACGGACCUUUGGUCGUCAAACAAGGAAGCGAGGCGCACGAUGACCCUCCUGACUGGAUCAUUGGCGCGCGCAUCACCACGUCGGAUUGGGAAGAGGCUUCCAGACUUUAUGACAGCGAUUCUUCCGCUGGUAAACUCAGAGGAAGAGGAUGAUGAGUUGCGCGAAGCAUGCCUUCAGACUUUGGAAGUGCUGCUGCUCCGCUGCCCCGCUGAAAUCACGCCAUUUGUCACGCAAUGCUUGGACGCUGCCAGCAAGUCGAUCAGCUAUGAUCCGAAUUACGCUGGCGAUGGCGACUCAGAUGAGGAGAUGACAGCUGACAAUGAGGAUGAUGAAGAUGAUGAGCUCGAUAUGGAAGACUAUGAAGACGACGACGACUUAUCCUGGAAAGUGAGGAGAUCCGCAGCCAAGGUGCUGAAUGCUGCCAUCAACACACGAUCCGAGAUGCUCGUUGUCUAUGCCGAGAAAACACUACCGAUAUUGAUUGCGAGAACCUCGGAACGCGAAGAGACCGUGCGCCUAGAGGUGCUCAACACGCUUGUCGCACUGCUCAAACAGACUCGCCUCUACAGCGCCGGGCCACAAGCUACUGAAGUAGUCGGUAUAAGUGCUACUGCUGGGCAACUUAAACGAAAGUUUACCGACAUUGAUGCGGAAGGCGCCGCUAGCCCGCGCGCAAUCAUCUCAUCCAGGACGGAGGAUAUCACAAAAGCCGCCAGCAAGGAGCUCGGUUCAAAGUCAGGCGGGACACACGCAGCCUGUUUGUCGGUAUUCCGUGAACUCGUUCUUCUCUUGCACGGCGGCCUCGAGGCUUCACUCGGCAACCUGCUCGCUCAGAUCGAAAAGCUCGUCAAGGCGACUGACGCGUCGAGCGGCAACAGUGUCAACCUGAAAGUCGAGAUGCUCGCCCUUCUGCGCCUCAUAUUCCGGUUGCAUGCACCUCAAAGCUAUGAAGAGCACCUCCCAAAAGUCCUUCCCAUCAUCAUCUCCGGCAUCGAGUCGCGCCAGCACCGCAACUCGACCGAAGCGUUGCAGACCGCGUCCGAGCUCAUUGUCUCGCUUUUUCCGUCACUGCGAGCUGGCACACCAAGCAGUCGGAGCAGCCCACCGCGCACGGGAAACUAUGUGUCUACAACGCAGCAGAUCUACGACGCCGUUGUUGAGCGACUGAAUCGCCCUGACUCAGAUCAGGCCAUCCGUGAGCAGGCACUCAAGACACUCGCCAUUUUGCUUUCACACGCGGGCGAUGGUAUUAAGGACCAAUCUGCUGAUUGCUUCCCAAUGCUGCUUGAGCGUCUCAAGAACGAAGUAACGCGCUUGCCGACUCUCCAUCUCAUCACUCGCGUCGCACCCUCGCCGCUGUGUGAGGGACCAGACUUUGAGAAGUUCUUUUUGCAAGCUGCAGGUGUUGUUGCCGAGCUGCUCAAACUUGGCAGUCGGCAGCUCAAGACCGCUGCCUUUGAGAGCCUUGUUGCCCUCUUGAGCAGAAUCGGUGCAAGCAUGCCUUCGCAACUUGUAGAUGACGUGCUUUCCUCCGUCCGACCCAUGCUUGGUCAGUCAGCAGACAUAAGCCUCUUGCCACCCACGCUGCAAGCAGUAGUCGUCAUUCUCAUACAGCAGCCCACUUCUCAAGAGAAGGUGAAACAAGAGAUUCUUUCCCUCGUUUACGACACUCUCCAAUCGCCCCUUGCCCAAGGCCCAGCGUUGCAACCCUUGCUAGAAUUCUUCACCGCCUACGUGCGCGCCAAUCCAGCACUUAGCUCAAGCGUCCUCGACGAUCUGCUCAAACAGGCAAAUAUUGUUCAGUUGACGCGCAGCAGCCAUGCCACGCAGACCUACGCCGUGGUGGCGAAAUGCAUUGGUGCCGUUGUUCGUUAUAACAAGAAUGAGACGGGAGCUCAAGCGCUCGCUGCUGCCGAGUCUGGACUCAAGCAAGGCGAGGCUGCACAGCCUCACUCCUUCUUUAGCCUGCGCAUCCUCGGAGAGGUGGGGCGCAUCGAGGACUUGUCCGCCAAAACGUCAUUGGUGGAUGAUGUGCUUAGCUUUUACGACGUUGGUACGGAGGAGCUCAAGAAUGCUGCUGCUUUCGCGAUGGGCGGGAUGGCUGUGGGCAAUUUGGCGACCUUCCUUCCGAUCAUUGAGGGACACAUCACAUCCGAUGGCAGCAAGCGGUACUUGUCUUUGCACGCGAUCAAAGAAGUCAUCGUCAACUCAAAACCCAUGGAUCUGGUGCCUGUCGCUGAACGCAUUUGGCAACCGCUGUUUGACAUUUGCGAAAGCAAAGAUGAGGCGACUCGCAGCAUCAGUGCCGAGUGCCUGGGAAGGUUGACGCUCGCUGAUCCGGAGCGAUACCUCGUCCAAUUGCAAGCUCGUCUACGCUCCGAUUCUGCUUCUGCUCGUAUUGCCGUCCUGGUGGCCGUUCGCUUCACGCUUACCGAAACAGGGGCGACGUACGACGAGCUUCUUGCACCCUUGCUUGUCGAAUUCCUCUCGCUUCUCAAAGACAGCGACGUUGAGGUUCGGCGGAAUGCCGUCUUGGCAUUCAGUUCUGCAGCAUACAACAAGCCUCAUCUGGUUCGCGAAUGGCUGUCGACACUGCUGCCGCUGCUCUACAAUGAGACCAAGCCCGACUCGAAGCUUCUUCGGAAAGUGCCCAUGGGACCCUUCACCAUUACCCAGGACGAUGGACUUGAGCUUCGAAAGAAUGCCUUCGAGACUAUGAUUACGCUGCUCGACACUUGCUUCCACAAGAUCACUAUUGAGGACUUCGUCUCCGCCGUCACCAAUGGUCUAAGUGAUUCAGAUUCGACGAUAAAAGUGCUCUGCUGUAUGAUGCUAGCCCGCUUGGCGACGCUUUCGCCAGUCAUUGUGUCCAAUCGUCUCGACGACAUUGCUGGGCCACUUCUCACUACCCUGAGGGUAAAGCUGAAGGAGAGUGCAACACAGCAAGAGGUGGAGAAGGCUGCGGAGUUGCAACGCGCCAUCUACCGGACGAUUAGCGCCCUUGACAAGAUCAGCGUCAACUCUUCCGCCCAUGCAUUUGCAGAGCUCGUUGCAGAGACCAAGGCCAAUGAUAAGUCUGGUCAGUAUCGGGAGAUGGAGCUUGCGUACGCGAGACCGACUGCCUCGAAUGGUUUCGCUUCUGGCGAAUGACACGAAAAUGUAUAACAUGUGGCACUCAGCAUGUAAUGGUCUUCUUUUAACAAGGCAUUCGAUGUGAUGAU